GUAAGACACUAGCAUCUCUGGCAAACCAAGGCGCUGCGGCCGCUGCUCCGCGCCAGGGCAGCCCCACAGCCGCGGACGCGGCGCGAGCCAGGCCAGGAGGCAGCCCGGGGCAGCCAUGGCCGGCGAGGACGUGGACCAAUGGUUGAGGGACGAGAUGGACGCGCUGGUCGAGGGCAGCCCGACCAUCCGAUUUGUGAACGAUGUUUAUAGUAUGCGCGUGUUACUCGAGAGGUUGACGCCGACGCAGGACCAGGCCCAUACUUUACCACGACCGCCGUCGAUGCCUCUACUGUUAAGUGGUGAGCCGCCGGACGAGGACCUUGUAUUGGAGUGGAAGAAGGAGCACUUCGGCGAGGAGGAGGCCGAGGAGGCCGCCGCGGAACAAAAAGCGCUGAGAGACGCUCUCCAAGCCGAAGAAGCAUCUCUGGAAGCCCAGAAGCGCGGCGUCGACGUCGAGACCUAUCUGAGUCAAAAACAAGCCGAGGACCAACAAGCGUUGCAGGACGCACGUCUUCAGAAGGAAGCCGAAGCGAGGUCACUAAAGAGGUGCAAGAGCGAACUCACGAUCUUAGAACCGGUCACGAGACAACUGCGACAAGACACGGAGCCAAAAUCCGUCCAGGAAUUGGCAGAUGAGAACCAAGUUCCCAGAAAACUGGCCUACUGGGACGCGGGCCACCAGGACCAGAAGCUCGAGCUGUCCUCGAAGUCACUCCAGAAGGACGACUUUUAUCUGUUGGAGUAUAUCUUGCGGUUCAACUAUCCGAUCCAUACCGUGGCUCUGAAAGCUUGUUUUCUGACGGACGACGAUGCGUUGGGGUUGGUCGAGGCGUUAUCCUCGAAUUUCGUACUUACUUCGUUGGAUCUAUCCCUGACGAAACUCACGGAUAUCACAGCUCUUAAGUUGGCUGACAUGUUCAAGGAGUAUAAGUCGCUGAAGGUGCUGGAUUUGAGGCGGAAUAACAUAUCGGGGAAGGCCGCGGCUCGUUUAGCUGAAAAGUUCCCAUCCGCAAGAGCUCUGGAGGUGCUGAGCGGUUUACCUUUAAGGUCUUAUCUCGAUAACCCACCUAGUACGAUAGAAUUAACGGAAAUGGACCUGAGGCUGCCCGAAGCUAUACUGUUAAGAGAUACAUUAGCACGCACGAUAAAGAUGACGAUCAAUAAGCUUGACAACUACGAGAUCACGUCGUCGCUAACUUCCUUAGAUCUGUCCACGAAUCUGUUAGAUGAAGGCGCCAUGGACGUCCUCGCCUCAUUAGUGGAGGCGCACUCCUCUCUCACAACAUUAGAUGUGUCGCACAAUCAAGGAGGCCCGCACGGCCUCGCGCACCUCGCGAAAAUGCUCUCCCGUAAUACGUGGCUCACGUCCCUUAAGAUCGCGGAGAACGACGUUACGAGAGAGGGCCGCAAUCCAGAUGGAGUCUCAUCUUUGUCGGACGCGCUCAAAGUAAAUAGGACUCUGACAUACUUAGACAUCUCCGAGAAUGAUAUUGACGAGGCCAAAGAGCGAGAAAUCCAGGAGAAGGUCUCCGUGAAUCGCGCCGUAAACCACACUGAUCAAUCGUUCGUGGAGUUCCUCGAUAGUAAAUAUGCGCCGGACGCGUACGACACCAAUGAGACUGGUGGGUAUAUCAUCAACCUGGAGCUCUCUAGGGAGUAUCUGGAGACGGAGAAACGAAGCAGACCGCCUCCUAGGGUCCGCUUCGACGAGCCGCAGCCCUACAAGCCCUGGCGCGACGCGGACGGGGGGGAUGACUGGUCCUUGCUCGAGCCGGAGCCGAUGCGGCGCGCGACGCGCGCGAAGCUGAAACGGGCUCGACGGUUGCUCGAGGCGCACAUCCUGGCGCACAAGGGCUUCGGCUUCUCGGCGGCGAGCGCUUUACUCGCUCUCCACCGGGGGUUGUUUGCCGAGGCGCCGUCGCCGGCGCCGGGGCCGGCGCCCGCCCCGGCGCCCUCACCGGCGCCGGCCCCCGCGCCGCCCGAGGCCGAGGUUCCUCAGAGUGCCUCGCGCGUCGGCACGGCGGCGGGCGACAGCCGGAGCGAGGGCAACGAGCUCAACACGCGGUCCGUCGCGUCUUUAGGACUGGGCCCCCACGCGUCCGUCGACACGUUCCACACGGUCAUGACCGAUCCUAGCGAGUAA